AACGCAGUAGCGGGGACCCUUUGAUUAUCAAUACAAAAGCUAUUUGGGAGUUCUAGAGCAAUCUAUCUAGGGAAGACGUCUGAGGCGUCUCAACUCCAAGUGAAGGCAGGAACUUUGGCUCUGUUCCUUGUGCGUUCACUUUCUUUAGCCUUCUCCCCCGUUGUUGGGGAGUUGUGGAAACUCCCUCACCUGUCAGAACCCGGAUUUGCAGAGGAAAGGAAGGAGGGCACCCUGGACUUUUCUGCCACUCCUCUAAAGCACCUGCAACAGUGAAGAGUCAGGAGCAGCGCAGGUGCGGAAGGUUUAGACCGAAAAGUUAGUGGCCCUCAGCCCCCAUCCUUCUCCUACUCCAGUUAGCCUCACCGGGACCCACUUCAUAGCUAACAGACGCCAUUAGGCAGGGGUGCCCAGCUUGAGAACAGAAACUGCAUCGUAGUGUUCGUGGACGCUCCGCCUCCUUCUCAAUCGCGAACAGUUUCUGCGAACAGCAGAAACCUUUCCCUCAGACCUUGUCUGCUAGAAGGGUGGUGGCCCUUUCUGCUUUCGGUGCUUGAAUAUCCCUAGCUAGUCCUCUUACCCUAGCUUCCUGAAGGGGCUGUCUCCUACUCCUCAAUUGCUCCCUCUGGCCAGUGCUCUCGGAGUGCCUGGGCGCUCCACCCCAACUUUUGCGCGAAUCGCGCCCCCUCCUCCCGAGCGGGUCCCCUCUUCAGGUCCACCUACUCAGGCGCAUACAACAAGCAGUUCUCGAGUUUGGAGGAAGCCAACUGAGACCUUCUCUUGAUCUCGGAAGAAACGAACAAGGUUAUUUCAACUCCUGACGCGAGCAGAUAGCGCGCUCUGCACAAACGACACCCUGGAGUUCAAGGAGCCCUGAAUCUGCCUUGUUUAUGCUUCUGAGGAACUAUUUCUCAGCCUACCAGAAAGAAACCCUUAGAGCAGAUUGGGACGUGUUUUAGAGAAAAAAAGAGAUUCUCCUCUCCCUCCCUCUCCCCUCAACACUAAUAAACUUCCUUGUUUAUUAAUCCUUCGAUUACAUUGGGGUUGGAAAAGCUGAGGAAAGAGAAACCACUUUAGAGGAGAGAAUUCGAAGUCGAUUCUAAGUUUGGUCCCGACGCUCCAGGCGACCCGAAUUUAGAGGGCAGAGCGAAACCAUGGCCGGCUGCUGCUGCUUGUCCGCGGAGGAGAAGGAAUCGCAGCGCAUUAGUGCUGAAAUUGAGAGACAGCUGCGCAGGGACAAAAAGGAUGCUCGCAGAGAGCUCAAGUUGUUGCUGCUAGGUACUGGUGAAAGUGGGAAAAGCACUUUUAUCAAGCAAAUGAGGAUUAUUCAUGGGUCUGGUUACUCAGAUGAAGAUAGAAAAGGCUUUACAAAAUUGGUUUACCAAAAUAUAUUUACUGCUAUACAAGCAAUGAUCAGAGCCAUGGACACUUUACAUAUACAGUAUGUAUCUGAGCAGAAUAAGGAAAAUGCUCAGAUGAUUAGAGAAGUAGAAGUAGACAAAGUGUCCAUGUUGCCCAGGAAACAAGUGGAAGCAAUCAAAAAACUAUGGGAGGACCCUGGAAUCCAGGAGUGUUAUGAUCGGAGAAGAGAAUACCAACUCUCGGAUUCAGCUAAAUAUUACCUGAGUGAUAUUGACCGGAUUGCCAUGCCAUCAUUUGUGCCAACACAACAAGAUGUUCUUCGUGUUCGAGUGCCCACAACUGGAAUUAUUGAAUAUCCCUUUGAUUUAGAAAAUAUAAUUUUUCGGAUGGUAGAUGUUGGAGGCCAGAGGUCUGAGAGGCGGAAAUGGAUCCACUGUUUUGAAAGUGUCACCUCCAUCAUUUUCUUAGUAGCUCUGAGUGAAUAUGAUCAAGUCCUGGCUGAAUGUGACAAUGAGAAUCGCAUGGAAGAGAGCAAAGCCUUAUUUAAAACCAUCAUCACUUACCCCUGGUUCCUGAAUUCAUCAGUGAUUUUGUUCUUAAACAAAAAAGAUCUUUUAGAGGAGAAAAUCAUGUACUCCCAUCUUAUCAGCUAUUUCCCAGAAUACACAGGACCUAAACAGGAUGUCAAAGCUGCCAGAGACUUCAUCUUGAAGCUUUAUCAAGACCAGAAUCCAGACAAAGAGAAAGUUAUCUAUUCCCACUUCACAUGUGCAACAGAUACAGAAAACAUCCGCUUUGUGUUUGCAGCAGUCAAAGAUACUAUUCUACAGUUAAAUCUGAGGGAAUUCAAUCUUGUUUAAAGGCUACAUUCUUUUUUCUCUCUGCAAUGAGAAGGGUUGUUUUUUUGGUUUGGUUUGAUUUUCUUGCAUCUUCUUGGUUUUUUCUGCAAAUGCUUCUGAGAUUCUCUAUUGCCCUACCCAAGUCUGAGCACCAAAUCCACUUAGUUUAUUUAGUAACAGCUACAGGCUGAGAGGAAUAAAGAAAUGGGCAAUGGAGCUUAGAGGAAAACACAAAAGUUUACUGAUGCCUUUUAAAAAAAAAACUUUUAAAUUUGACUUGUUUUAUGGUGUUUUUAAUUUUGGCUGAGAUUCUUUUUGUGCAUGAAUUUUGAAUUCAAGAAUAUUUAAGAUAUUUUACAUAAAUGUUUAAAAAAACUCAUUCCAAUUCAUAUUAUAUUCUCAAAUGUUCCUUUUUCAAUGUGUUUAAAGAUAACCAUUUAUAAUUACAUAAUAGCAAAUUUUUUAAUCAGAGUUGCCUUAUACCACAUAACCAUGCUCUUAGGAGUGUAAAGGAAUGACAGGAGGGAGGCUUAGGAUUGGAAUAGAUUUGAAGCUUCAUUUUAAAUUUAGUUUUCUUCUUGAUAUGUUUGAAGCAUUUUUUCUUUUGUUAACAUUUAAAGAGAUUGUUUUAAAGUAGCUCAAUAUAAAGUUUGGGAACAAAUUAUAUACUUUUAAUAAAUUAUAAAGUGCCACCAAA